GCAGUAUCGUGAUCUGGGAGCCGCCAGAAGGGCUCAGUAUUGGCCAGGCUCUGGAGAACUUUCUGCAAAAGAGACUGGAGAUAUUGGGUGGGCGUGGUAAGGAGGGCGUGGUCUGUGGACUGUGAGACCAUACAGAGUGUGCCCAACCUCGUAGCUGUUGCUACGGCUACCCCGGGAGCUCCGAGGAUGGCCAACGUGAUCCACAGCAGUGAGUACCCUCGCUCCACCUUCCUCAUCCUCGACAACCUCCAGUGUCUCGUGGCCGAAAACUCCCUCGAUACGAUCCUGUCUCAUCUCAAACAGUUCUACCCGCCGCGCAAGCAGCCCCGGAUCGAGGUGAAGGGGAAGAUUUACCUGGCGAAGCAGUAUGCCAUCAAGUUUGGGGCCAUUUCAAUGGGCUCUGUCAAUAAAGGAAUUGUUGUCGAGGUUGAAGACAAGGACCAGAGCAGGGUGUCUCAGUGUUGGAGUGAGCUCACUGCCUUCACCAAAGGUCUGCUGGACUCUUCUCAACCAAUGGAUGUUCCCAUGUUUGCCAGGCAGUCGGACCGGCCAUACCUCCCCUCUGACAGCAUGAGUCACUACGCCUUCAUCUUUGAGCAACUGAGAAAGACUCCCUCUGUGACUGGUGCCAUCAAAUAGCUGUCUCUGCGUUCAGGAAAUGUAAUUGUUAUUUCUCUCACAACUCUACAUUAGAGUAUUGUUUAUACUUUCACUCUGGAUUCAUCAACUCUCCAUAAAAUCUCAUUUCAGCCCUUUUAUCAGUGGACUGUGUGCUGUAAUUGGACUAUAUUAUAAAAACUAGAGCAGUGUUUACACUUCAAUAAUUAUGAAGGUUAGAUAAUGUCGGUCACAUCAAGUGAAGAGGAUUAAAAUUAAUAUGCAUUGAUCGUUUUAUAACACCGUAGCAUGGAUUAUAGCUAACAACUUGAUCUGAGGAGCAACACUGCAUACAUACAGACUAUGCAGAACAGAGUUGCAGCAACUACGCAGAAUUGCAACUACUAGUGUCUGAAGGUAUAGGUGGCUUAUGACUGGUGGACCAGUUUGAUUCUCUUUGGCGGUGGUUCGUUGGCUGUGGUCUUGUAGUGGCUGAUGUGUGGUUCCGCCGCGGUCCACACCCUCCCCUCCCUCAGUAGUUUGGUGGCUGCCUCGAUGUCUGGGCUCAUGAACCUGUCCUUGUCCCACGGUCUGGAAUGGAAAUUGGGUGGAUGGGGAAUGAAAACAUGGGUUGAUGGGGAAUGAAAACAUGGGUGGAUGGGGGAAUGAAAACAUGGGUUGAUGGGGAAUGAAAUGUGGUGGGAUUAAAGGUGUGUGAGAAAUAAAGAGUGUAUUAUAUUGGUGUGAAGUGUGUGGGAAUGAGAGAAUGGAUGUAUGGGAGUAUGGGAAUAGGUUACGUGUGUAGGAGUGAGAACGGAUGUAUGGGUGUAUGGGAAUAGGUUAAGUGUGUAGGAGUGAGAACGGAUGUAUGGGUGUAUGGGAAUGGGUUAAGUGUGUAUGAGUGAGAAUGGAUGUAUGGGUGUAUGGGAAUGGGUUAAGUGUGUAGGAGUGAGAACGGAUGUAUGGGUGUAUGAGAAUGGGUU